AUGCUGAGGAACGUGAAGACCCAACACAUCUUCGAGGACAUCUGCUACGUGAUGGCGGGCGGCGGGCGGUGCGCCAAGCACGCGGGUUAUUGCGCCACGCCCACGGGCCCACGCUUCAAGCGCAACUGUUUCACGGACCCAGCAGCCAAGCCUUUUUUCGAGAUGCGGAAGUUCAUCGCCGACCGCCGCCCGCGCUUGGUUAUCCUUGAAAACGUCCGGGGCCUGCUGGCCCCAAACCCUGAGACGGACGCCUCACCCAUAGAGUUCAUUCUCCGGGGCAAGAACCCGGACAAGAAGGAACACUGCUACGAGGGCACAGAGCCUGGCGCGGAUUGGGGCUUGCAGUUUAUAGAGGGGUACGGGCUGCGCUGGGAUGUAUUCUAUUCGUGCGACUGGGGAUUGCCGCAGAGCCGCCCUCGAGUCUACAUCGUGAUGGUGCGCGACGACGCCGGCGGCCAAGAAGCAGCCGAGAGGAUGUUUGAUAUCCUGAAGGCGUGCAUGGGCAGGCUGCCACAGGGCGCGUUCAGCGACUUCCUGUUCGAGGAAGACGACCCCAGGUUGCUCGCGGCUCGGCAGGACUGGGCGGCGAAAGCGGCAAAGCGGGACGGCCUGGGGCGGGUGCCCCUGACCAAGUUCUCGGAGGCCCUCUUCCGAACCAUGCGCGAGCAGCUUGGCCUCAAGGCGAGCGACCGGCCAUACUCGGGCUCGAUGCCGGAGGGUUGGCUGCCCCACUGCACCGAGAAGCAGGUGCAGUCUCUGGACGUCGUGUGGGCCCAGGCGGAGAGGCAGGGAGCAGACCUCAACUUCCUGCUGGCGGACCUGAGCCAGCAGGUGUCCAGGGGCUGCUGGCGCGACGACGGCAACAUCCCCACGCUCACCACGGGCUGCAUGCUCUACAGCUACGCCCGGGAGCGGCUGCUGCUGGGCGAGGAGUGCCUGCUGCUGAACGGCUUCCCCAUAGACCACCUCGACCUGCAGAACCACAGCCAGGCAGAGAUGAUCUUCCUGGCCGGCAACACCAUGUCGAUACCGCUGGUGGGCGCGGUGCUCUUCGCGGGGCUGGUGGCGCUGGACUGGGGCCCCGACCGGUCGGUCACGGUGGGUUGCCACGAGCUGCCCGCGCCGGUCUCCAUCCGGGCCGACGCCAGGAAGCUGGAGGAAAAGAAGCACACAGGCACAAUGAAUCUUCGAUUCCCCAGAAAACAUGGGAAACUAUGGGAAGUGGGCGGGAAGACAGAGACCCAGAAGAUAUGGGAACAUAUGAGGCAUAUUUUGAUGUGUGUGUGUAUUUUUGUGUGUGUGUGUGUGUGUGUCCUUGGGCCCCUUCAAGGAAGCUGGCGGAGGCGUCCUCCAGCUCCCUGGUCAUGCGGUGCAGCCAGGCGCUCCUGGACGACGACAACGAGGGGGCCGUGGACCUCGCCGUCGAGGCCGUCCGCGAGGGCGAGGCCGCGGCCCAGGACCCCGAGCAGCAGCAGCCGUGGGCGCGGAGGGCCUCGGUGCUCCUCGCGAUCGCGCGCGACUUUGCCCUGGCGGAGGGCAAGAAGAAGGACAAGGGCCUCGGGAAGAGGAAGGACAAGGGCACGAGCACGUUCCUGACGCUCAUCGCGGAGCACGACCCCGACGUGGGCAAGGCCGCGCCCCAGGCGGAGUCCGACGACGACGCGGCGAUGGGGGACGGAACGGGCUGGGAGGAGCGCAUGGCGAAGGUGGAGGCCAAGAAGGCGGAGGCCCCCGAGCUGUUGCGGUGGCUCCGGGAGGGCAUCAGCCUGCUGCACGCCAUGGACCGGGAGGAGGGCAUCAGCCGCGCCGAGGGCCUGCGAAAGUUUGUGGAAAAGGGCCUGCUGCAGCUGAAGGUGGACCAGAAGGCCGAGCGCCUGCGCCGCCUGGGCACGCCGGAGGUGCUGCACUACCUGUGGAAGGACCUCCUCAUCCGCGAGGCGAAGCCCUUUUUCUGCCGGGUGCAGCUGGAUUCCCUGAAGCAGGACCUGAGGCAGCCCAAAGCCGGCUCGGACGCGGAGUGGCUCGACAGGGCGGCGCAACUGGCCAACGCGGACAUGACCUCGCAGCGCAUGGAGCUCCUGGAGGCCGUCAGGCAGGUGCAGCCGCCGCCCGCGCCGCGGCUCUGCAGGCUGCUGAGGAUGUGGAAGGCAGACUGCACGAUGAUGGACAAGGAGAUCAAGCUGGUCCUGGAGAC